AUGGCUUCUACGACGUCGGUUGCCAGGCUCGUGGCCUAUCGCCGGCCUACCGUGUUCACCUCUUCCCUCGCUUCGCCCUUGGGUUCGACCGCAAACUUCUCGUCCUCGGUGUCCCGGGCUGCUACGCCUGCUGGUCCCCCUACUACCGGCUUCCGAUUGCCUACCCCGAAGCGAUGGGACCAGAGCGCAGAGUCUUCUCUCGACAAGGCCAGCAAAUACUUCCUCAUGUCUGAAAUUUUCCGCGGCAUGUACGUGGUGUUGGAGCAGUACUUCAGACCACCAUACACCAUCUUCUACCCCUUCGAAAAGGGCCCUAUCUCUCCCCGCUUCCGUGGUGAGCACGCUCUGCGCCGCUACCCUACUGGUGAGGAGCGCUGUAUCGCUUGCAAGCUUUGCGAAGCUAUCUGCCCUGCCCAGGCUAUCACCAUCGAGGCCGAGGAGCGUGUCGACGGAAGCCGUCGGACAACCAAGUAUGAUAUCGACAUGACCAAGUGUAUCUACUGUGGCUACUGCCAGGAGAGUUGCCCAGUUGAUGCUAUUGUUGAGACUUCCAACGCAGAGUACGCCACCGAGACCCGAGAAGAGUUGCUGUACAACAAGGAGAAGCUCCUGGCCAAUGGUGACAAGUGGGAGCCCGAAAUCGCUGCCGCUGCUAGGGCAGACGCUCCCUACCGAUAA